ACAAAAAAAAAUCCCAAUAGCCCCAAAAAACAAAUAAAAAAAGCAACACAUAAUAAAACCUCUUCUCUUAAACCAGGUAUCACUGCCAAGUCUUACAUAUUCCAGGGGAGGAAACUAGUGAUGUUCCCCUAGCCCUUAUAAAUUAUAAGCACCUAAUUUUAGUUAGCCUCCUUUAGAUGGAGAGGAAAACAGGUGAGGAAAAGAAAGUUAAUUAGGUCCAAACAGGGCUCGGGGUCUUUUCCCAACCAUGUGGCAUACAUAUAGUUAUGUAUUUGUUGGCACACUCCAAGUUCUCCAGAGGGCCCAGAGCCCUGCACUAGGCUGCAGAAGAAAUACAAAACAACCAAGCUUCCAGGUGUUUUAAGUAUUACAAUUAACACAGAUUGGUGGAAUGCCAACAUUUGCAGAACUCCUUUUCUUCCCUAAUUUUCUAAUCUAGAAUUAUGGUUAGGAUUUAUCAAAUGCAAACUCUGGAGCGACUCACUUUCUUCGCUGUGCUUGGCAAGUCCUACUGCUCCCAUCACAGCCUGUACAAAGUUCUAUCAUGCCAAGUACCACCUUCUGAGUAUUUCCACAGACUUAAAAAAGUUUUGGUGAAAGCAGGCACCAUGGCUUAUCCCUGCACUUUAGCACAACAUCUGAAACCUAUAAGCUGUUUCCCAAGUAGAUGCCCUUCAAAUAUUUGAAGGUCAUCUAUUAGGUCCGUAUUAAGUCUUUACUCAAUGCUUCUGGCCAGUUUUAUUCCACUCCUGAUCUUCAAAGCCCCCUUCCUAUAAAACAAGCCAGACAACCACGCUCCUUUUCCAAGAAUUAAUGAACACCACUCAGGCUCUCUCAGAACUCCCCUCACUUUGAAGAGGCGAGGAAAAUUCGAGCUUCUCCCGACCCCAGAGGCUCUGUGGUGUUGCGGUGAUACAAGCAGUCUCAAGAAGUCAAGUUCAAUCUGCUGAGCAAAUUGGAGAGAAUGAUCCAGAAACCCUCAAGAGUGGGGAUGGUCAGCACUCUAACCACGCCCACCUACGCCUCCUCCCCACGGGAGAGCUUACUACAAAUUCACUACCACUUUUAGGCUUUUUUGAGCGACCCCCUACCCUUAGCGCAUGCGCCUUACGCUCAAAGCGCACACCCAUUCCCGUUAACCUCUUGCGCAUGCGCCGACUCUAUACCUUCGGUCCCUGUUACUAAUUCCUCGUGCCCACACUUGUCAAAGCUCACCACCUCGAUACUGCCCCCGCGCCGGCACUAACCGGUACUCGAACUCCUCGUCGUCGUAUUUGUCCGAAUAGUAAAUUUGUUUGUGCGACAUGAUCGCUCUGCCAGAGGACCGUCAACACCGCACCGCCAACCUCCAAACAACUCCCAGCAGCACGCGCUCCCACCCUCUUUGGCCUCGCUUUCAAACACGCCGCCCGCGCUUCCUAUUGGUCCGCCUGGCGGAAGGCGGGACAACUCCACUUCCAAGCCUUCGAUUGGCUUAGAUUUGCUUCUCUUCAGGUCCUUAUUGGAGUGCACUGCUUAAGUUUCUAAAGAAAAACGUAGGGCAAAAAUAGGCCUCUUAUAGGCUAUCACUGCCCUGUGAGCGUUCUCGCGCAUCAUUGGCUGAUUUGGGAAAGUGGGACGGGUGAAGGAGGGACGAUGAGGUAGAGGGUCAGGGGUUAGUAAGGCCGGAAGUGAGUGCAAUAAAGUUUCUCCAGGGAGGCCGGGCCCGGGGAGAAAGUUGGAGCGGCGACCUAAGGAGGCAGUGGCGUGAUCCGGAACCAAAUCGACCCGCGGUGCGGUGCGGAGACCCCAUGAAGCCCUGGACAUGAACAAGCUGAGUGGAGGCGGCGGGCGCAGGACUCGGGUGGAAGGGGGCCAGCUGGGGGGCGAGGAGUGGACCCGCCACGGGAGCUUCGUCAAUAAGCCCACGCGGGGCUGGCUGCAUCCCAACGACAAAGUCAUGGGACCCGGGGUUUCCUACUUGGUUCGGUACAUGGGCUGUGUGGAGGUCCUGCAGUCGAUGCGCGCCCUGGACUUCAACACCCGGACUCAGGUCACCAGGGAGGCCAUCAGUCUGGUGUGUGAGGCUGUGCCGGGUGCGAAGGGGGCGACAAGGAGGAGAAAGCCCUGUGGCCGCCCACUCAGCUCCAUCCUGGGGAGGAGUAACCUGAAAUUUGCUGGAAUGCCAAUCACUCUCACCGUCUCCACCAGCAGCCUCAACCUCAUGGCCGCAGACUGCAAACAGAUCAUCGCCAACCACCAUAUGCAAUCCAUCUCGUUUGCGUCCGGCGGGGACCCGGACACAGCCGAAUAUGUCGCCUAUGUUGCCAAAGACCCGGUGAAUCAGAGAGCCUGCCACAUCCUGGAGUGUCCCGAAGGGCUUGCUCAGGACGUCAUCAGCACCAUUGGCCAGGCCUUUGAGUUGCGCUUCAAACAAUACCUCAGGAACCCGCCCAAGCUGGUCACCCCUCAUGACAGGAUGGCUGGCUUCGAUGGCUCAGCUUGGGAUGAGGAGGAGGAAGAGCCGCCUGACCAUCAGUACUAUAAUGACUUUCCGGGGAAGGAGCCCCCUCUUGGGGGGGUAGUGGACAUGAGGCUUCGGGAAGGAGUGCCCCCAGGGGCUGCUCGACCCACUCCCCCCAGCGCCCAGACCCCCAGCCACCUGGGAGCCACACUGCCUGUGGGGCAGCCUCCUGGGGGCGACCCAGAAGCCCGCAAACAGAUGCUGCCGCCUCCACCCUGCCCAGCAGGCAGAGAGCUCUUUGAUGAUCCCUCUUAUGUCAACGUCCAGAACCUAGACAAGGCCCGGCAAGCAGGGGCCGGGGCCGGGCCCCCCAAUCCUACUAUCAAUGGCAGUGCACCCCGAGACCUCUUUGACAUGAAGCCCUUCGAAGAUGCCCUUCGGGUGCCUCCACCUCCCCAGUCGGUGGCCAUGGCCGAGCAGCUCCGAGGGGAGCCCUGGUUCCACGGGAAGCUGAGCCGGCGCGAGGCCGAGGCACUGCUGCAGCUCAACGGGGACUUCCUGGUGCGGGAAAGCACGACCACACCUGGCCAGUACGUGCUGACCGGCUUGCAGAGUGGGCAGCCCAAGCACCUGCUCCUGGUGGACCCUGAGGGUGUGGUUCGGACAAAGGAUCACCGCUUUGAGAGUGUCAGUCACCUCAUCAGCUACCACAUGGACAAUCACUUGCCCAUCAUCUCUGCGGGCAGCGAACUGUGUCUCCAGCAACCUGUGGAGAGGAAACUGUGAUCUGUCCCAGUGCUCUCUCCCAGAAGAUGCCCUGCGACUCCUACCACCCUGUUCCCUCUCAGGACCUCACUUGGGAGUGUUCUGUGGGCUUGGCCCUGCAUAGGGCUGGGGGUAGUGUGGACAGUGGGUUCAGCAUCCAGCUGAGGGAGAGGGUUUGAGUCAGGAGCCAGGGGUAGAGUCCUGCUUCUCCCCAAACCUCACCAAAGUAUUAAUGUACAGAGCGGCCCCCUUCCCUGGGCCUUUCCUGUGCCAACUUGAUACCCCCUUCCCCAAGGUGGGUACUGGAGGCCUAGGCAGUGUGCCUCCUUGUGCUGGAACAUGUCCUGUGGUGAUUGGCCCAGUGGCGACAUCACCCUUCCAGGGAACGGGGAAUGAAUCACACCUUUAGUCCACCCCUGGGCUCAGGGUACCCCAGACCCCUCUCACACCACCCUCUUUCCGAGCAUUUAAACUUUGUGCCUUUGACCAUCUGCUAGGUCUGAAGAUAUUUUAUGCAAAGAGCUCUUGGGCCCCUGAAGUCAAGGACACGGGUGCUGACACCUUGGCUUCUGGGACCCGGUCCUCUCCUUGCUCAGCACCCUCUCCAGUUCAGGUUGGACGAAGAGAGGCAGGAGUGGCAACUGUCCCCUCUCCCCGGGGAUAUGCCACCCUUAGAGACUGCCUCAGAGCCCCCCUCUUGGCCAGUGGGGAGAUGGACCCCUCCCUUGCUCAGUGCCUCCUGGCCAGGACCCCUGGCCCCAGGGGUCUGUAUAUAAACAUUUCGUACACCCACCCCUCCCAUGUUGCAUGCAUGUUAUAUCUACAGCCAAAGUAUAGCCCUUCUUCCUGUAGCCUCUGCCCUGCCUCCCCCUGCUGGGGGGAUAGGGGUGAUGACUGAACUAUCCAUUCUCCCAGGUGGAUUUUUGUGGAGGUGGGAACAGGGGCCUUGAGACUCUAAAGCAGUAGACAAUCCCCAAAUAUCAUUGGUAGAUUUGGAACUGCAUUUAUUUUUUAUUUUAUUCGCCUAUGUUUUAGGGCUGUAGAUUUACUUUCCUCAUUUGUUUUCCAUAGCUUCUUCUUGAGCACAAAAUGAUAAUAAUCGGUAGCGUUUCUACAUCACCUCUUUGACUCUUCAAAGCCCUUUUACAACUCCUGACCUUUUCCUCACCCCAGCUUGUGAAGCAGUUGGGACCGGCAGCAGCCUCUCUUCCACCGGAGAGAACUGAGUCUGAGUGUGAACUAGGACUAGAGAAACUUGGGCCUCCCACCACCAGGCCAGGAGGCACAAGUUGGGCUGAAUUAGUGCUAGUUUCCCACGGGGGUCGUGGGGACUUUCAACCCGCAGUUUCGGAGUCCCUUGUCCAAGCCGGGCCCUGCCGCAAAGACAGAGAAGCCGGUCCUGCUCUGUCCUUAGGUCCCGUGGAUAAGGGAGAAGCACUGUCUAAAUCCUCGCCUCCUCUUUUAUAAAUUGUUUUUUUUUUUUUUUUUCUUUUUGUUUGGAUGUCUUCACGGGUCUCACUUAUACCAAAGGGGAAGAAUCUUCAUUAAAAUCCAUAUUUCUUCUA